AUGCAGCUAACAGCGGAUUUCCGGCCAACACUGGAAUGUAUCGGAAUUCUGUUGUUGAGAGUCUCCCAUUCAGACAGCUUUUUGGUUAAAGAAUUAGCAGAACUGGUGGAUUUCAUACAUUUUCCGCCCAAAUAUUCCGUUUUCAUUAUUCAAUCUCAGAUAAAAAAGACAAGUAUUAUUACAACCACUUCUCGGAAACUAGACAGGGAAACUCAAGAUGAACACGUGCUGGAGGUUUUGUGUGAGAACGCUGAAAACGGAGAUGUAAUAGACAGUAGACAAAACGGUCAUAUUCCAAUGAAGAAUGAAUAUAUCGGGUGA